AUAUUUGUUUUCGUCAGCGAUGAGUGUGUGUUCAGCAUGUCAUCAUCUAUUCUCUCUGGUCUGGUCAGCCUGUGAGUGGGUUGAGUCAAUCACUGCUGUCUCCUCCUUUCCUCGUGCCAUUGGUCAGUUCCACAUAAAGAAAUCUCGUGACGAUUGUGUACAAUCAGAGGCUGAGAGGCCGAGAUUCUGUCAAUGGCAUUUUCACUCAGACUGAGAGAAACCUCCUCACUGACACUGAUGUUCAGGCGAUGGAAAUCACUCAAGCACAAGCAGACGUCGGUCUGCCUCGUCUCUGCCAACACAUCAGUUUCAAAUCAAAAUGGGGACAAACUCAACAGACUGAUUAACAGCGAGUAUUUGGGGGCCGCAGAGGCGAGAUCUGUGGAGCGCGGAGGCCGAGCGCGGCUCCGCGGCGGAGGGAUGAACGUGGGCAUCCAAACUAAUCGCUUUAGCACUUCAAGACUUUGCAAAGCUGGCGGAGAGUCCGGCUCUUUUACAUGGGAACAGGCUGAUAUUUAUGUCCCGCUAAAUGCCCUGCCAUAAAAAGACAGCUCUGGAAUAAUUACGAACUAAUAUUAACGCAGUUUAUUUAUUGUUAACGUUAUAUGCAUACACGGCCAAUUUUUCUGCUUUGCUGUAAGAGCGUGUAAAGCUUGAUAAAGAAGCGCUUUAAAAUGCUGAAAAAUUUAAAAACAAAUACCCAGUUUCAUUUAGAAAUGUAUCAUAAUGUUAAAAAUAAAUAUUAUUUCAAGUUUCAGCCUCCGCCUUUUUUCUCGCAUGUUUUCCCUCGGAGUUCCUCCCCCUGCGGCGCUGGGCGGAGUUUCAUACCGAACCAGACGCUCCUUUUGUCGGAUUCGUUUCGACCUGACUCCCCGGGGUUUACGGCUAAAAAACAGGCACUUAAACACAGUAAAACCGUUUAACACGUAUAAAUCGCUAAUCUGCAAACGCGUCCGUGACGGAAUAUUGAAAAAGCCACUUGGCCAGUGAAGUGUCAAGGUGGAGCUUUGGUGAACUCUGUCAUCAUGAAUGGCAGCACCAGUGUGUCUGGCAGCCAGACUGGACGUAUUAAAAUUGAGUCAGUUGCCGAUACAUGGAGCAAAGAGGACUGUCUGAUGCUGCUGGAGAGGAUACGCAGUCUGCUACCUGAUGGAGACACAAUGAAGUAUAAAACCACAGAGUCCCAUUUUGACUGGGAGAAGGUGGGCUUUGGGGGCUUCUCUGGAGACAUGUGUAAGCAGAAAUGGCAGAAAGUUUCCACAGAGGUGCGUAAAUACAGAACGAUGACAGAGCUCAUUGUCGAUGCUAUCGAAUAUGUGAAGAAUCCUUAUAAGGGGAAAAAAUUGAAGACGCAUCCAGACUUUCCGAAGAAACCUCUCACUCCCUACUUUCGCUUCUUUAUGGAGAAGCGUGCCAAGUAUGCAAAAAUCCACCCUGAGAUGAGCAAUUUGGAUCUCACCAAGAUUCUGUCCAAAAAAUACAAAGAGCUUCCUGAAAAGAAAAAGCUCAAGUACAUUCAAGAGUUCCAGAGAGAGAAAGAGUCUUUUGAGAAGAACAUGGCACGAUUCAAGGAGGACCACCCAGAUUUAAUAGAGGAGAGGAAGAAGUCAGACCUCCCAGAGAAGCCCAAGACCCCUCAGCAGCUGUGGUACAACCAUGAAAAGAAGACCUACAUGAAAAUCCACCCCGAGGUGAGCCAGAAGGAGCUGAAGGAAGCGUUACGCAGACAGUGGUCUCAGUUAUCAGACAAAAAGAGGCUGAAAUGGAUCAGCAAAGCUCUAGAGCUGCAGAAACAUUAUGAGGACACCAUGAGAGCUUAUAUUGAAGCUCAUCCAGAUGCUAAUUCAGAUGAGCACGUCAAAUCGGUCCUGACCAAGGCUGAACGGCAGCUUAAGGACAAGUUUGAUGGCCGGCCAACCAAACCACCACCAAAUGGCUAUUCUCUAUACUGUGCUGAACUAAUGGUAAACAUGAAGGACGUGCCAAGUACGGAGCGAAUGGUGCUGUGCAGUAAACAGUGGAAGAUGAUGACCCAGAAAGAGAAGGACGCGUUCCAGAAAAGAUGCGAACAGAAAAAGAAACAGUACGAGAUUGACCUUCAGAGGUUCCUUGAAAGUCUCCCAGAUGAGGAGAGAGAGCGAGUGAUGGGAGAGGAGAAGCUGGGUGGCUCCAGGCUGAGCUUAGGGGGCGCAGGAAGCCCCCUAAGGGCCAAAUCCCCAUCUGCGAAGGUGGGCAUCUGCAAGGAUCGGGUUCGUGACCCUGAGCUGGAUCAGUGGGUGCAUGGACUUUCAAAAGAGAAGCGAGACAGUAAGAAGAAAACACGGCUUCCUGAAACGCCUAAGACUCCAGAAGAGAUGUGGCAGCAGAGCGUGAUAGGAGACUAUCUGGCUAAAUACAGAAGCGACCGGAAGAAAGCACAGAAUGCAAUGGACGCCGCUUGGAAGGCCAUGGAAAAGAAGGAGAAGAUUCCGUGGAUCAAGAAAGCUGCAGAGGACCAGAAGCGAUACGAGGUUCAGUACCGAACCGUGAGGGAGCUGUUAGAGAUGAGAACGGUUCUGUCAGGACAAGGACAGAGAAAACCCAAAUUCGAUGGCGAGCCUAAAAAGCCCCCUGUGAGCGGUUAUCAAAUGUUCUCUCAGGAACUCUUAACCAACGGCGAGCUGAAUCACUUCAGCCUGAAGGAGCGCAUGGUGGAGAUUGGCAAACGGUGGCACAAACUUAGCCAAAGCCAGAAGGACAAAUAUAAAAAACAGGUGGAGGAACAACAGCUCGAGUACAAAGCUGAACUUGAAGCUUGGGUGAAGUCACUAUCCCCUCAGGAGCGUGCAGUUUAUAAAGAGUUCUCCUCUACGAAACGGCGAAGCACAACAAAAGCUCAAGGUCCCGGGGCCAAAGUGCGCGUCACCAAGGGGAAGGCGGUAGGUGCCAGAGCCGCAACAGUGGGUCCCGGGGGGGGCAAGCGUUCCAUGGCGUACCGGGCCAAGCAGGACACAUCAGACUCCGAUGACGACGACGAAAAAACAGACACUUCCGAUUCGGAGGAUGAUGAUGACGAGUCGUCUGGCAGCACGGAUAGUUAUGAGGAUGACGAAGAUGAUGAGAAUGAAGAGGACGAUGAUGAUGACCGAUCAGACGGCUCCAGCAGCUCAUCAUCAGAAGACAGCAGCGACUCUGAUUCAGACUAAUCCGUCCCAGGCUCUCUCACAAGGGGGCUGUGCCGGACACACCCCCUAAUCUAACACCCCUCCCAAAGGCAGAGAGGGUGUCCUGUAGCUGUGAGCUCACAGCAUGCCCACCGUAAUCUGGUUCCCUUUCUUUACAGGGCAAGAAACCACAAGAUAUGGUGGCCGACAGCUCUCCCCGUCAUCAUGUCCAUACGACAGACUUAAAGUCAAUUGGACGCCAUGUUGUUUUCUUCUUUUCUUUUACAGGAGCUGUGUUACAUGUUUGGUAAUGGCAUCAAUUUUUAUUGCCUUUAUAUAGGUGUGUUAUUAAAUAAUCUGUGUUGGCUGUUUUGUUCUUUUUGUUUUAACUUGAAAAUAAUUUUCGGAUUGAGCCGGUUGAGCUUUUGUACGUUUGGAAAGCAUCAGGGUUGCUCGGAGGUGGACGUUCGGGAUGAGAGACUUUGCAAUGGAGAUGAAAUCCCCCUGUUCUCCUGUUUAUAUUUGUCCGCCUCAGAGAGUUGCCGGGGCUGUGAGGGCUAUACCAGCUGCUCAAGACUUGUUUAAAUCAUUCUGUUGCAGAUUUUGCGUAAUAAAUGCACUUUUUUCCUUCUUGUA